AUGCCGCAGCAGGAGGAAUGCGGCAGCGUCGGUGCGCGCAUCCCGGCCGACCAAGCAUUGCCUGCACCAAGGCCGAUGCGAGUGGAUCAACGGCCGGCUGUUCUCGACCUGAGCAAUCGCGACGACGAAGGCUACCGGGCCUUGCAGAACCGGCGUUUCGAACGGUGGUGUAACGCGCUGUUCCCCGAGAGUGACGAGACUGAAAUUGCGCGAGCCUCGGAGUUGGAAGGAAAAUGUGGGCUGGGCACGAUCAACAAUCGUUACUGCUGCAAGGGCGAUCCGCCUCCCCUCUCCAACUGCCACUGGGUUGGCCAGGGAGACUGUGCAGACAACACCUAUAACAACAAGGAAGUUACCUUGAUCUUAGACCGGGGCGGCUUAGACGGUACUCUUUGCAACUGGUGGAGGAAGAAGAGUCUAUGCUGUACGCCGGAAGAGGACGCGCUUGGUAACAACGGACAGUGUCCAGCGCCGUAUUGCACAUCAGAGACCGAAGAGGGUUGCGGUCCUGACGAAUGGGGCUCGGAUCUGCCCAACGAGGAGUGCGAGGAUGACGACUGCGAACACGAUGAGCUCCGCAGAGAUGUCAUCGUUGCGCCCCAAGUCGUUUCGCUGGCUGAUGUUAUCUCCGAGAAAACGACAACCCUCCAGGCCAAGGAUAGGAGACGAAAGUUCGAUAUAAGUAUGUUCAACUUUCUGCAAAUUAUUGUGGCGAUGACCAUCAUAGCCAGAGAGUAUCCUGGCGCGGGCUCGCUCCUUGACCAACCUGAGGCCUCGGACAACGUAUUCCAGCAGGAUGCUGGCUGUACUAACCCUGAUAUCCUUGUCACUAAAUACGACACAAAAGCAACGAAGGCGCAGACAGGGAAGUGGCUCGACACAGAGCACAACCCAGAUGCGGGCAAAAGCCAGACUCUCUAUACACCAGAGGACUACUUCCAAGAUCAGUUCGGCUCUAUCGGAAACCGAGCGCCAAUGGUUCUCUGCGAGAAGAAACUGAACAACAUGAAGGGCAAAAUAUUCGGGUUCGAUGACCCGGUUGCCCGCAAUACAAUGCGAGACUUGCGUAAUGGGGCUUUGACUGGUGAUAUUUCUGAUCAGGAUGAAUUCUUUAGAGGGAUCGCCAGAGUAAGCUUUUACCGCUAUCCAGAAUCCACACGCCAGCGAAAGCUUGAUACUGAUGUAUUCACUGUGGGCAAUUUCGGUAAUCUGUUUAAUGCAGCUCAUCUUCUUGCCAUGUUGAUCAUUGAGUUUGCGAACCUGGAAUAUCUUGUCAGGGAAUUUGACGAAGAAGCAGCCAGGAGAACCCGUGCUUGGGCGGAAGAGAUGCUGGACGAUAUACAAAACGCCCUCGCUCCGCUUGUACUCUCCGGCCGGGCACCGCCAAACAUGGCUGCCAUUAAUGCCGCGAUAGCAGCCCUGAGAGGUCGACUGGGUGACAUAAAGGCGCCGCCACGUAAGUAG